AUGAACGAAAAUGAUCCCGAUCCGCCCGAUGAUGAUGGUGACGACGAUUGGAUUGAUGUAGAAGACUUUGAUCGAGAUGGAGCAAUUCGAAGAUUUGUUCAAAAACAUCGAGGAUACCGUUAUGCAGCCCGACGUGAUUCCCUUCAAAAGCAAUGGGAAGGUCUCGAAAAUCAGAUCACAGCCGUCUACCUCGAGAAUGAAGUUGCUACGUUGAACUGGACUACAAAAGCAUCAUACAUUGGUGAUGUAAGCCCGGACUGCCAGUGUCACGCAGGACGAUCAAUAUCUCUACCAGUCCGAUUUUGCAAAUGCUUACCUGAACCCAUCCAGCUGGUACAUCAAGGUUAUAUAGCUGCUUCUCCAAAACAACCUCGCACCGCCUUUUCGAUUACUUUAUUACAACAACAUCACCACUUAUGGCUCACGACGGUUGCUGCGAGGUCAAGCUAUAUUGAUGGCCACCUCAAUUUCCUGGACAAGCGGUCAGACAAAGCCCUUCGAGCAAGAGGAGGUCGUGGCACUCGGCGCAACCUAUCAGAGCCCUUUUCCAGCGCUACUCACCUCUUCACCCGUAUCACUGUACUUGCUAGCACACUACUCACGGAAGGACUUCAACUGCGACUUCAAAAGACUUCAACAACCAUCAAAGAAGCUCAAGCUACACUCGACCAUUGGUGUCAAAAGCUCAACCCGUAUGAGCCCGGCCGCAAAUAUACGACAGCGUUCUUCCGGAAGCAAUGGCAAUCCGAAAGACUUGCAAAUAUUGAAAAUUCAAAAGAUAUCAAAAUUCGACAACAGAUCGAAUUGGGCAGGUUACUGUGCCUUGAGGAUUUGCAUUAUAAGGUCUGGCUCGAGGAUGGAUCACAUGAGCAGCGAGCCGCUGAACGGCUGGAACGGGUUCAACAGCUUGGAAUCGAGAUUGCCGCACAGCGGCAGAAAGUUGGAUUGCCUGACUGCUUUACUCAUCUACCAAAGGACGCGUUCGAUUUGUUAUUGAAGGUCUGGUUUGCCAAGACAGAGGUGCGCACCAGAUUCCUAGCUUUGAGGGCCGAACAAAGGCCAUUGGACCCAGAAAACCGAGUUGGUGGUAGCUCACAUCUUGGUACUCAUGAGAAGGAGCGUAUCAUGGACGCCAUUCAAAAAAGAACACGCACUAUGAAGAAAAUCUUGUCAAAUUAUAACUACAUGGCCCAACAAGCCAUGCGUUGGGCUACUACUUCUUUUGACCGUCUCUGGAACAUCUUGGAACCUCUUUCGCAGUCGGACAUCCUCCCUGAAUCAGUUCAACCGUUCUUAGAACAUGAUAUACUCAGUUCUGCUUCAUUACGCGCCAAGGUAUCUAUUGUUAAAGGCGUACUUCACAACGAAUUGACCAGGAUUGCCGAGUUAACUCUUCGGUGGGAUUUUAAGAUCAAGCAGGUCUAUUUGAAAACCGAAGCUCAGGUAGGCGAUUUGCAAUUGAUGACGCGAUGGCAGUGGCAACUUCAGAAGAUGGAAGAACUACGAUUGAAUGGCUUUGGAUCGACCAAAGCUGGGGACUUUGAGCAUCUAAUGCCUACAGUUCCAGUCCGACAUGAUAUCAUACCUCAAGGCGUUAGAGAAGGUGGACCUGAGGAGCCUGAUGAGGUUGGUGAUGGAGAUGUAUCUGACAUCAAUGAGGAGGAAUGGGCACAGGGAAUCGAUGAAGGUAUGAUGAGAAACAUACUCGAAGCUAUAGGACAUGAAGUAAUAUCGUAG